AUGACUUCGGGUGAUAGUGUGCGUGUGUUGCUCAUUGGCAACGGAGGCCGAGAGCAUGCGCUUGCGUGGAAGCUUAGCCAGUCACCUCGUGUUGAUUCCAUCUUUGCGGUGCCAGGCAAUGGAGGCACCGCCACCUGUCCCAAGACCACAAACGUAGAGGAUAUCGCCGCCGACGACUACCCCGCUCUCGUCCAGCUCGCCAAGGCUCGGUCUGUCAAUCUGGUCGUUCCCGGCCCCGAGGCUCCUCUCGUCGAAGGAAUUGAGGCUUACUUUCGUGCCGCCGGCAUUCCUUGCUUCGGGCCCUCCAAGGAAGCAGCACAGAUGGAGGGAAGCAAAACUUUCUCCAAGGACUUCAUGAAAGAGUACAAUAUUCCCACUGCCGCCUACGAGAACUUUUCCGAUUAUGAAAUGGCCGUCGCCUACGUCGAGAAAGUGUCCCACAACGUCGUCAUCAAAGCCACCGGUCUCGCUGCUGGCAAGGGCGUCAUCAUCCCCACGAACAAGCAAGAGGCCAAGCAAGCUCUCAAGCAGAUCAUGGUGGAGAAGACCUUUGGCUCUGCCGGUGACGAGGUCGUCAUUGAGGAGUUCCUGACUGGCGACGAGCUGAGCAUCCUUACCUUUAGCGACGGCACCCACACUCUGUCUCUUCCUCCUGCCCAGGAUCACAAGAGAAUCGGAGAUGGCGACCAAGGCCCCAAUACUGGAGGUAUGGGCUGCUACGCUCCGACGACCAUUGCUACCAAAGAGCUCAUCCGCCAGAUUGAUGAGGAUGUAAUUCAACCCACCAUCACCGGAAUGCGAAAGGCGGGGUAUCCCUUCCGCGGCAUUCUAUUCACUGGUCUCAUGAUUACCAGCCAAGGCCCCAAGGUGCUUGAGUAUAAUGUCAGAUUUGGCGAUCCCGAGACGCAAACAGUUCUUCCGCUCCUCUCUCCCGAAACGGAUCUGGCCGAGAUCAUGAUGGCUUGCACGGCCCACGAGGCCCGCCUCGACUGCGUGGAUAUCAAGGUUGAGGAGAAAUACAGUGCCACUGUAGUUGUGGCAGCGGGUGGCUACCCUGGAUCCUACGCAAAGGGUACGCCCAUGGUGGUGAACCAGUCAACGUCGCCAGAUAUCACCGUUUUUCAUGCCGGAACCAAGCUAUCCCCACAAGGUCAAUUGCAGACUUCCGGCGGCCGUGUAAUUGCAGUCAACGCCACUGCAGACUCCCUCGAAGCUGCGGUGAAGAAGGCAUAUGAGCAAGGUCUUACGCUCGUCGAUUUUGACAAGAUGUAUUAUCGCAAGGAUAUUGCCCAUCGUGCCUUCCGGUCGCAGCAGGAAAAGGAAGCUUUGACGUACGCUGGAGCUGGUGUCAGCGUAGACGCAGGUAACGAGUUCGUCGAGAGAAUUAAGAAGGCAGUACGCGCUACGAAGCAACCGGGGGCUGAUGCCGAGAUUGGAGGCUUUGGUGGUGAGCUUGACUUGGCAAAGUGCGGCCUCCAGCUGAAGGACGGCGAACUCCCCAUUGUCGUUGGAGCUAUUGACGGCGUCGGCACUAAGCUCAUGAUCGCUCAACAAAUGGGAAAGCAUGACACUGUGGGCAUCGACUUGGUUGCCAUGAAUGUCAAUGAUCUCGUCGUUCAGGGCGCCAGACCCCUGAUGUUCUUGGACUACUACGGCUGCAGCAAACUCGAAAUGAGCACGGCCGCUGCCUUCGUCGAAGGUGUGGCAGCAGGCUGCAUCGAUGCUGGAUGCACACUUGUUGGCGGCGAGACUGCUGAAAUGCCCGGCAUGUACCAAAAGGAUGACUACGAUGCUGCGGGCUGCGCGCUUGGUGUAAUGAUCAAUAGCCAAAGACUGCCGCGUCAAGACGACAUGGUCGCAGGAGACGUGCUUCUUGGCUUGGCCUCAAGCGGCGUUCACUCCAACGGCUUCUCCUUGGUCCGCCGCAUUCUGGAACGCGAGGGUCUCGCAUACACCGAUCCUGCUCCGUGGGAUGCUGGCAAGACUGUGGGUGAAAGUUUGCUGACUCCCACCAAAAUAUAUGUGAAGAGCUUGCGUGGUGUCAUUGAAGGUCGCCUGGUUAAGGGUUUGGCUCACAUCACCGGAGGCGGCUUAAUUGACAACGUGCCUCGCAUGUUGCCGGAGCAUCUCGCUGCCGAAAUUGACUUGACCAGGUGGGAGAUGCCUGCUGUCUUCAGAUGGCUGAAGACAAGUGGCAACGUGGAUCCGUACCAGAUGGUUCGCACUUUCAACACUGGCGUAGGCAUGGUUGCUGCGGUAGAUGCGGCUAUGGAAAGUGCCGCCGUGGCAGCUCUUGAAGCUGCCGGUGAGAAGGUCCUUCGAUUGGGACAAUUGGCGCAGAGGACGGGCAGCGAGCCGCACUGCAGAGUGAUUAAUCUGGAUACUUGGGCGUUGUAG